AUGGCAGCUAUGAAUGUUUUACUCUCUACGAAUGAGCAAGCUGAGCGGUCUGAAAAUGCUUUCAAAGCUCGGAAUUACCAACUUGAGAUGCUGGAGGAAAGCCUCCAGCAAAACAUAAUUGCUGCUAUGCCAACUGGCUCUGGAAAGACGCUUAUUGCUGUUUUGAGAGCCCACUUAGACCGACCCAAGGUGCUUGGCUUGACGGCCACACCUAGCAAUAGAAUCGAGAAUCUUGGUGACAUCGAAUCGAACUUGAACGCUAUCUCGAGGACGCCAAAGCUACAUCAAGAAGAACUAGGUCAGCACGUACACCAGCCGACAUUGUUGAAGCUCACAUUCGCGCGGGCUAGUGGCCUCUUCUUGCCUUCAAAAGCUUUAGAGAGCCUUGAGAGAGUUUUCCUGUCCCUAAAUAUCCAUGAGGAUCCCUGGAUCAUCCGGAUGAAAGCCAUUAGCGAUGACUUUAGGUCUCGGAGUAAGCUCUCGAAUGCAUUGCUCAACAAUUCAACACGUUCUCACCAACAAAUCAAAAAGCUACUGAAUCGUACAAGGAUUGUUGACGCUGAGCUUGGCCCGUACGCAAGUGCACUAUAUUUAAGUAAAUGUGCGGCGAAGUAUUUGGUUGCGAAAGACGAGGUAUAUGCAGCCCUAGAAUCUUUGGACGAAGAUGAACGCAACUAUGUGAAAAACAAACUUGGCCAGCUUCAGCUGCCCAAUGUCGAGGAGCUAAGUAUCACAGAGCAAUCAAGCUUCACACCUAAAUUACAGGCAUUGAUUGACUUCUUGACCACCGAGCAAGCGACUGGCUUCACGGGUCUGAUAUUUGCGAAGACCCGAGCCGAAGUCUCAAUCAUUUCGCACAUAUUGACCCUUCAUCCUAUGACCCGAAAAUUUGUGACGAAGUCAUUUGUGGGCAGCUCAAGCUACGCCGGGCGAAAACUUGACGUCGCCGAGCUUAUGGUAGCUCAAGAUCAGAAGCAUACUCUCGAAGACCUCCGUAAAGGCGACGCAAAUCUGAUCGUCACUACCGAUGCAUUGGAGGAAGGCAUUGAUGUAAUUUCGUGCAACGUGGUCAUUUGUUUUGAGAAGCCUCUGAACUUGAGAUCAUUCGUACAGCGACGAGGUCGAGCCAGAGACCCAACCUCACGUUAUGUCCUUCUUCUCGAACGAUCUGCCGACCUUGACAUCUCAGACGAAUGGCGGAGUAUGGAAAUAGAGUUUGGCGAAGUGUACCAUGAUCGUCAGAGACAGGUCAUCAACGCGGAAGAAGUUGAAGAGGAGGAUACCCGAGUCCUUCUUGUUGAAACGACAGGCGAAAGUGCACAAAUCAAACCAAUCGAUGCAACAGCGCAUCUAGCUCAUUUUUGUGAUACGUCAACAACGGAUGCUUUUACCGACCCAAGCCCUACUUACACUUACGACGACUCUUCCUCAGAUCCGAAGCGAAAGGCGAUAUUAGCAACAGUCUUGCUUCCAAACACAGUCGAUGCUGAUAUUAGGGUGGCGCGUGGCUCUUGUCGGUGGACGCAGGAGAAGUAUGCUCGACGUGAUGCCGCUUUUGAAGCAUACCGUGCUCUAUAUCAUGCUGGUCUGGUCAACGACAACCUUUUGCCAUCCCAUACUCUGGAUCCGGAAGUCGAAGCCGCUCUUUCAAGGGUUGAGAUUCGACCAAAUGUGGCCAAAGUAGCCGGGGAAAUUAGCAUGUGGCCUCACAUCGCCAGAGAGUGGCACCAUGACGAUACACUUUCCGUAUCCAGAGUCAGUGUUUGUAAUGCGGAAAACAAUCUUCAGAUGUUCAUGUUCCUGCCCGUCCGUGCCCCGGCUGUCAACGAGUUCAGUAUUUACUGGGAUGUUAAUACAACUUUCUCGGUAUGCUUUGAACCAAACAUUGGCCAAGUAUCAACGGAAAUUAAGGCCCUUGCUCGUGCUAGUACCAGUAUGCUGCUGCAAUCCAUUUUUCGAAGCAAGAUGACUCCAAACCGCAAGGACCUGCCUGUGCUUUUUUCUCCAUUCGAUUCGCCCGAUUCAAUGAGGUCAUGGCUGGCUCUUUCUAAUGGAAGUGUACCUGCAGCCGACGCUCAAAGUGUUAAUGUUGUUGAGCAACUCGGACUCGUCAGGGAUAUUUUUCGGAACGGUUUACCACAUGUCUUGCAGGACGUCAAAUACGCCAUGAAAGAGGAUUUACUCCGCAUUCCAGCAUUCAUCAAGCGAUAUCCAGAUUUCGAUGCUGAAUCUGACAAGUAUCACAUGGUUUUAGAGGUGUGCAGACUUUCCAAACGGACAGAUCUUCUGCACGCAAGUUCACUGGCUAGGAAGAAACCUGCAAUAGACUGGUUGCUCUCUAGCAGCUGUGAAAUCGAUCGACUGCCACUUCAAUAUGCGCAAUUUGCUUCAUUGAUUCCAUCGAUGCUUCAUAAAAUACAUGCUGCUUUCAUUGUCGAAAACCUCAUGUCGAGUCUACUUUCGCCAAUAGUAUGUACCAACAGACAGUUGAUAGCUACCGCAAUCACUGCCUCGAGCGCCGGAGAGUCUACAGACUAUCAACGCCUGGAGUUCCUUGGCGAUAGCCUGCUGAAGCUACAAACAUCUCUGGCUUUGAUGGCAAAGCACCUGAGGUAUUACGAGAACAUUCUUACACGUAUGAAGGAACACAUCAUAUCUAAUACCAAUCUCGCUCGGGCAGCACUUUCUACAGGCUUGGAUCAAUACAUCUUCACGAAGAUUUUUACAGGCUCCAAAUGGCGACCUUUCUUCAACGAAGACCUCUUGGCACAGCCACUGCCAAAAGUUCGUGAAAUGUCUACCAAAAUUCUUGCUGAUGUCGUAGAAGCUCUGAUUGGGGCCGCGUAUCUUGAAGGAGGCUUCGAAAACGCGUUACGGUGCACGAAAGUCUUCUUGCCUGAGGCGCCAUGGGAUGCAUAUUCCGAUGCCUUUCAUAUUUUUCAUAAUUUAUAUAGCAGUCGGCCCUCAACUCACGCAUAUGUCGACCGCACCGAACAAUUGAUACAACAUAAAUUUGGUCUAAAGUCUCUUGUUGACGAAGCUAUCACCCAUGUGUCCUACCAGUCUCCUGGUGUCAUUGCCCCUUAUGAACGGCUAGAGUUUAUAGGCGACGCCUGCCUCGACAUAAUUGUGACCGUUCUCGCCCAUGAUCAUGAGCCACCCUUACCAGUUGGUAGGCUUCAUUUGGUUCGCUCAGCCAUGGUAAAUGCAGAUUUUCUUGGCUUUCUCUGUCUGCGCCACUCGAUCGAUAUCUCCCGCCGGAAUCCAUCGACUGGUGAUCCACAGAACAUUACCACCAUAGAGGAGAUGGUUCCAUUCUAUCUCUGGCAAAUCUUACGCCAUGCAUCACCUACUAUCCGUGAGGCCCAGAAAGCAUGCAUCAGCCGCUUGCAAAAACUAGAGGAGUCUAUCCUGAGAGAGCUCGAGCAUGGCAAGCGCCAUCCUUGGACCCUUCUGGCUCGUCUCGGACCUCCAAAGCCUCUUUCGGACCUGGUAGAGUCCCUCCUGGGCGCCAUCUACAUCGACUCACGUGGCUCUCUAGCCGAAUGUACCAAAUUUCUAGAGCAUAUCGGCCUGAUGACAUAUCUUCGACGCGUUCUUUCCUCAGACAACGCGCUUCUGCAUCCCAAGGAGGAGCUGGGUCGACUUUCAGACCAAGAUGAUGUGAGAUACGUCAUGGACAAGCGAGAUGAUGCCGGAGGUAAGAAAUGGCUUAUGUGCGCCGUCAUAGUUGGAGAGAGGGAGAUUGCAAAAAUUGAAGAUGGAUUCUGGCUGAUAGAGACGCAGACGAGGGCUGCGGACUUGGCUUGCGAGGCGCUAAGAAGGGAACGACCUGACCGGUACAAAACGAUACAGGAUGGUUGGGUAGGUGAUGCUCGGAGGGACGAUGUGGUGGAUGAAAAUGAAAUCGUACAGAGUGACAGCGAUGGUGGGGUGGUUCUGGAGAAUAAUAGGGAACCUGCAAUGGAUUGUGAGGACAGCUAUGAUGCCAAGGCUGAUGAUUGUGACACGUGA